AUGAUCUACAUGCUCAUCUAUGUUGACGAUAUUGUCAUUGCCAGCUCGUGCUCCAAGGCGUCUGCUCAUCUCCUACAACAACUCCAAGCGGCGUUCCCCAUCAAGGAUCUCGGCCCUCUGCGUUACUUUCUCGGCAUUGAGGCGACCGCCACUUCAGGGGGAAUGAAUCUGUGCCAACAGAAGUAUGCCGCCGAUCUUCUUCAUCGCGCCCACAUGGAACACUGUCGUCCGGUCUCCACGCCAAUGGCUGUGCAAGAUCCGUUGGCUCAUGAUGUUGGUACUCCUUUACAAGAUGAAGAUGUGUUCCGGUAUCGCAGCAUGGUUGGUGGUCUCCAGUACCUCACCAUGACUCGUCCCGAUAUCUCUUUUGCAGUUAACAAGGUGUGCCAGUACCUUGCUGCUCCUACGGACACACACUGGGAAGCUGUGAAACGGAUCCUUCGAUAUGUCAAGGGCACCAUGACAACCGGGAUCAACAUUCUCCGGGUUUUACCCUUCUCAAGUGCUCGGAAGCAGCCUACGGUCUCACGAUCUAGCACGGAGGCGGAGCCGCUGAAGUCUCGUGGGUUCAGUCGCUACUUCGAGAACUACUGA